AUGGAGCUGUUAUUAGCGAUGAUGAAUUGCAGUAGAGAGCUAUCAACACCUUGUUGUACCUACUGGUGUUGUCUAUGCUGUGGAGUUAUGGAUAGAAGUGGAAGGGAUUUAGUUAACAUGGCAAAGAAGCGUAUAAAUGUUAUACCCACCACUGAAGAUGCUAUGCAUUCUUCUAAGUAUAGAAUCAGAAUGUUGGUUGGAAUGGUUGAUGUUAUUUUUUCUGAUGUUGCUCAACCUGAGCAGUUACCAGCUACCUGCAGGCUGCAGGCUAGGAUCUUAGCUCUGAAUGCUUCAUAUUUCCUUGAAAAUGGAGGUCACGUUGCAGUCUCUAUCAACGCGAAUUCUAUCAAUCCAUGGUUCCAGCAGAGGCAGUCUUUGCACAAGAGUGAAGAAACUGAAGCAAGACCAGUCCAAGCAGCUGAGCAAGUCAGACUAGAGCAUUUUGAGCGAGAUCAUGCUUGUGUGUUGGUGGUUACAGAAUACAGAAUAGUACUCAAGACAGCCAAACCUGUUGCUUAG